AUGGAAACAUUCAAAUCCCUCUUCGCUAAGCCUGAUCCCCAGGCUCAGAUGCGCAAAUGCAAUGCGUUGAUGAGGCAAAACAUGCGCAAGCUCGAUCGCGACAUCCAGACCGUUAAGCAAGUCGAGGCCAAGACGAAGAACCUCAUCAUCCAAGCCGAUAAGCGAGGCCAGCGCGAUCCGUCCCGCUCGAAGCAAGCCCAGCAGGAAGUUCGCGACUUUGCUCGUGAGCUCGUCCGCGCCCGAAAGCAAUCACAACGCCUUGUCACGUCAAAGGCGCAACUUUCGUCGGUUCAGAUGCAGGUUAACGAGGCUUUUGCCGUGCGAAAGAUCGAGGGAUCCAUCCGAGCGAGCGUAGGUAUUAUGAAGGAUGUUAACUCACUUAUCCGCCUACCGGAACUAGCAGGCACUAUGCAAGAGCUGAGCGUAGAGUUGAUGAAGGCGGGCGUUAUCGAGGAGAUGGUUGAGGAUACAUUGCCGGCCGAUGGAGAUAUGCUUAUGGAAGAUGAGGAGGCAGAGGGCGAGGUGGAAAAGGUCCUGGGAGAAGUCCUCAAGGAUCGCAAGCAACCCAGUCUGCCUGUCGCGCCAGUGCCAGAACCUCAGAAGCCCCAGGAAGAGGAGGAGGAAGAAGAGGAUGCCGAGGCCAUGAUGGAUCAGAUGCGCAACCGGUUAGAGGCGCUUCGCAGUUAA